UGUUUGCAGUGGUGCACACAGAGCUUCAGAUGGAUUUAGUGCACGGCAGCGGCGUGCUUGUUAUCCAGCACCUACAGAACAACUACAGGGAAUAUCACAGCUUUCUCAACUUCAUGUCAACCGUGGGCGACCCUCGCAACAUCUUCUCAGUUUACUUCCCCCUCUGGUUCCAUCUCAGUCGUGAAGUGGGCACCAAGAUGAUAUGGGUGGCUGUUAUAGGAGACUGGCUCAAUCUAAUUUUCAAAUGGAUUCUGUUUGGUCAGCGGCCUUACUGGUGGGUCCAAGAAACCACGUUCUACCACAACAAUUCAGCCCCACGUUUGGAGCAAUUUCAAAUCACGUGUGAAACAGGGCCAGGUAGUCCAUCUGGUCAUGCCAUGGGUUCAUCGUGUGUGUGGUUUGUGAUGAUCACCUCUGUUCUCCACUUCACCAGGCCCUCCCCCAGUGCCUCAUCUGUACAGAGUUUACAGAGGUGGGCAGAUAUAUUGCAAUUAUUCCCUAACGUUAGUAGUUUCCUCAUCACUGGUGAUGUCUCAAUGAGUCCUUUCAGGUUUCGUCUCCUGAGGUCUGGUCUGUGGAUGACUUUCUGGAUCAUUCAGAUGAGCGUUUGCAUCUCCAGGGUUUUUAUUGCGACACAUUUCCCACAUCAGGUUAUCCUCGGCCUUUUAUCGGGUGUGCUGGUUGCUGUCGUGUUUGAUCAUAUCCCUUCAGUUUACAGCGCGAGCUUGAAAGUUUACAUACAGACCAACGUUUUUCUUUUCUCCUCUGCCAUUGGCUUUUAUCUGCUCCUCAAAGUGAUGGGCAUUGAUCUUCUGUGGUCUGUCACCAAAGCCAAGAAGUGGUGCGCUAACCCAGAGUGGAUCCAUCUGGACACCUCCCCUUUUGCUGGUCUCUUGAGAAACCUGGGAGCCUUGUUUGGCCUGGGCCUGGCCGUCAACUCUGAGAUGUUCCUCCAGAGCUGCAAGGGGAAGAACGGCAACAAAACCAGAUUCAAACUCAUGUGUGUGGCCGCAACUCUCACAUGUCUGCAGCUCUUUGACUUGAUGAAAAUGCCCACUCACACUGAGGUUCUGUUUUACACACUGUCGUUCUGUAAGAGUGCAUCAGUACCUCUCGCUGUGGUGGCUGUUAUUCCUUACUGUGUUCAUUUGCUGAUUGGAGAUGAGGACAGGAAACUGUCUUAGAUUAUCAACGAGUUUGAAGGAUUUCUCACAACCCUUUUUAAACAGCUUUACAAGACAUGGGCAUUGGAUAAACUGACACCACUUGUCAGACUCCUAGUCCAGUAACUGCACACAAGAGCUGAAACUGCAAUAUAUCUUGAAAUAAGUUACUUAACAGGGUUAUAGUAGCAAAUAGAAUGUCUGAUAUGAUGAAAUAUUGGUCCUUAUUAAGAUACAUUUAUCUGUCCCAAACACAUGCACAGACAUGCACAGGCACACAUGCAGGUAGGAAAAUUUAGCCUCUGCUUUUAACUCAUCUGGUGAAGGACACACAGAGCAGCGAGCAGCCAUGUAGGGCACAAGGGGAGCAGAUGUUGGGGGAGUAAGGUGCCUUGCACAGGGGCACUAGUCAGGGUAAGGAGAAUCCUCUUGGAUUUUUGGACAGAUCAAUCCAGGUUUGUCUUUUUGUUGUUUCUCCGUGGAGUCGAACCAGAGACGAACCAGAGACCUUUUCUGCCCAUAGUCCAAGUUUCUGCCACUAGUCCACCGCCUCUCAUUGAGACAUGCCCUGAACAUAGCAAAUUAUAAAGGUGUAGUUUGAGUUGCCUGUUGUGUCAGUGUUUAUGUGAAGCAUCAAUGAUAUUAUAUGAUUGUUGUAAAUAAAACUGUUUGUUUUUUCAUUAAAGAGCUCUAU